AUGUCGCAAGCCGACAUCGAGGCGUGGGUGACGGGGCAGCCGCCCACCUCCGCCAACCUGCCGUCGCCGGCGGAGUGCCCUGACUUGCGGGUCGUCAAGCUCUUCAGCCUCAACGAUUACCUGGGCCUCUCCACGCACCCUGCGGUGCGGCAGGCGGCGGCCGACGCAGCGCUGCAGUGCGGCAACGGGCCCCGCUCCUCGGCGCUGGUGGGCGGCUACACCAGCUGGCACGCGGAGCUGGAGCGCGGCCUGGCGGCGCUCAAGGGCACCGAAGACUGCCUGCUGUUCCCCACCGGCUUUGCCGCCAACCUGGCCGUCGCCUCGGCGCUGUGCCAGGACGGCGGCGUGGUGGUGCUGUCGGACGAGCUCAACCACGCCAGCAUCGUGGACGGCGCGCGCCUGGGGCGGCGGGGCGGCAGCCGCCUGCUGGUGUACCGCCACAACGACCUGGCGCACCUGGAGCAGCUGCUGACGGAGCAGGUCCCGCCAGACAGCCUGUUCAGUAUGGACGGCGACUUUGCCAACCUGCGGGGCCUGGCACGGCUGAAGCGCCGCCACGCCUUCCUGCUGGUGGUGGAUGAGGCGCACGCCACGCUGGUGUGCGGCGCCCGCGGCGGUGGGGCCGCGGAGAUGCUGGGGGUCGCGAGCGAUGUCGACCUGCAUGUGGGCACGCUGAGCAAGGCGUUUGGCUGCCUGGGGGGCUUUGUGGCCUGCAGCCGCGGGUGGAAAGACUUCCUUGUGAACCGAGGCCGCUCCCAGGUCUUCUCCACGGCUCUGCCUGUGCCGGUGGUGGCGGCGGCGCUAGCGGCACUCAGGCGGGAGGCGGUGGAUGCCAGCAUGCAGCUGCUGCGUGCCGGCUUCCACGUGCCCGCGAUACGCCCGCCCACCGUACCGCCGGGCACCAGCCGCCUGCGGGUCAGCCUGUCGGCAGCCCACACCGAGGACGACCUGCAGCAGCUGAUAGAUGGGCUGCGCGAGUGCGGGGUGCGCUUCCAGCAGAGCACAGCAAAGCAAGGAGCAGCAGCAGCAGGAGCGGCGGUGCCGGCGGCGCAACCGGGCGAGGGAGGUGGGGAUCCGGCGCCGUGGAUGCCGCCGCUGCCGCCGCCCAACUUGAGCCGGCUGUGA